AGAAAAUGUCUAUUUCGUACCAGAUUAUAUAGUUUACAAAGCACGAAUCUUGUACUUUUGUUUUAUAUCUAAACAAAUAAAACAAUAACAAAGUUAAUUAUGCCAAAUAUUGAAGAGUCUAGAAAUGCUAAUAACCAAUCCAUAAAAGUAUCAACUGCUGAUCAAUCCCUAGAUAAACUUAGUAAUUUUGUUAAAGGGAUUGUUACGAAAGAUAAUUUCGAACAAUUACCAAAUGAUAAUGGCUAUAAAAUUUUAAAAAUGACCCUGGAAGAAGGCAAUGGUCCUUUCUUACAAUUGAACCAACAUGUCGAAAUUGGAUACGCAAUACUAAGAAGAAACGGAACAGUACUUGAAAGUAACUUAACUGAGUCAGAUGUUCUUCCUAUUACCGUAGGAGAUAAUAAAUUCCUUCCUUGUAUUACUUCUCUUCUCCAAUCUAUGAAAUUAUAUGAAAGAGCCUUGUAUUUAUGUGAUUUAGAAUCUCAAAAGAGUCACCUAUUCAAGGAAAGUCCUGCUUUUCCUACGGGGGAGGAUACAGUCAUUUACAUCGUUGUCCAUUCAGUUGAUAAAGGAGAAGAUAUUUCGAUAAAACAAAAUAGGUGCAUCAUUAAACAUACGAUUAUUAAAGGCGUUGACAAUCUAACAAUAGAGAAUAUGGACACUUUCGUCACAGUCGAAUUAAUCGGAUUCGUAAAAGAUCAAAUAUUCGAUAAGAGGAUUGAAAGUUUCGUUUUGUGCGAAGCGCGUGAGAGGAAUAUUGUCAAUGGAGUUGUGUUGGCUAUUAAAAAUCUAACAUUAGGUGAAAAAGCUAAAUUCUACAUAAAAUCUAGUCAAGCUUACGGAAAGUACGGAUACAAACCGUUUAAUAUUCAACCGAAACAGGAUAUUGUUUACGAAAUAACUUUACUGAAUUUUGUCGAUGUUCAGCAUGAAGAAAUGGAGUCUUUAAUGGCAACGGCAAUUUCCAAUGCUGCUCAAUGUAGCCUUAACUUGGAGCUUAACUACGAAGCCAUCGACGAGUGUAAACAGUCGCUAUCUGUUAGAAAGAAUGAUGAAAAAACUCUCUUUAGACUUGGAACAGCCUAUUAUAGAUUAAAGUCUUUUAAAGAAGCCGUAGAACAGUUUAAUAGCGUUCUUUUAAUAAAUGGCAAUAAUAAAAUAGCCGCUUCCUACCGUUUAAGAAGUGAAAAGGAGUUAAAAGGACAAUUGAAGGCGGAGAAAGAGAAGUACAUGAGAGUUUUCAAUAAAAUGUCGGCCCCAAAAGAUGAACACAAUAAAGACUUUCCUUCUGUUGACGAUUUCAAUGUCGAAUCUGUUAAAGGAAUGGUACCUCUCGACGAAGAACAAAGAAUGUUCGAUCAUGACCCAAAAUAG